GUCCUGAGAUGUCAUUGUGUCACACCUUCCCGUAGUGAGCGGUGGUGGCGCUGUGUGCUGUUAGAAGUGCAGUCUGAGGUGCUCUGUUCCCGUCUGCCUUUUCUUUCUGAAAGCCCGUCAUGGCGGCUGCGUGGAAAAUGUUUCGUGUUUCGCUCGAGGAGAAAAUUUGUGUCUGAGGCGCUGAGAAUGUGGAUGCAGCCUGUGUUGUGUUGACGUUUUACCGAAUAGUUUCCCAUCCGUCUUAAGAGUUUUUCUGUUUUUUUUUUUUUUUUUUCCUCUUCAAAAUCCCCAAUUGGAACGCGUUUUAGUGAAGAUAAAUAUAUUACGAUAGCAUCUUGCUGGUGGAUCUCCAGGCGAGCACCAUGAAGGAGUCAAAGGUGUAUCACUGGCAGAGCGAGGGGGGGGGGAAGAAGUCCUCGGUGGAUGACAUGGUCCUCCUCUCCAAGAUCACUGAAUCUGCCAUUGCUGAGAACUUGAAGAAGAGAUUUCUGGAAGACAAAAUUUACACCUACAUUGGGCCUGUGCUUGUUGCUGUGAACCCCUUCAAACAACUGCCGUACUUUGGAGAACGUGAAAUUGAGAUGUAUCAGGGUGCGGCACAGUAUGAAGUUCCGCCUCACAUAUAUUCUAUUGCUGAUACAAUGUACCGGAACAUGUUGAUCGAUUCAGAUAGCCAGUGUGUCAUCAUAAGCGGUGAAUCUGGAGCAGGAAAAACUGUCUCCGCAAAGUUUAUAAUGACCUAUAUAACUCGCAUAUCUGGAGGUGGACAGAGAGUCCAACAUGUUAAAGAUAUUAUACUGAAGUCAAAUCCUUUGCUAGAAGCCUUUGGAAAUGCAAAGACAACCAGAAAUAACAAUUCCUCAAGAUUUGGAAAAUAUAUAGAAAUUCAGUUUUCUAGUGGUGGUGAACCUCUUGGAGGAAAGAUUUCAAAUUUUCUGUUAGAGAAGUCUAGGGUUCACUCGCUCAAUGACGGCGAGCGCAACUUCCACAUCUUCUAUCAGCUUUGUGCAGGAGCAACAGGUGACAUGAAAAACAACUUGGGAAUUUCCACACCGGAUUACUUUUCCUACCUCAGCCAGAGUGGUGUGUACAAGGUGGAUGGCACCAAUGAUGCACACGAAUUCCAAGGAACACUCAACGCAAUGUCUGUGAUGGGCAUAGCAGAAGACACGCAGAUGGACAUCCUGUCUGUUGUUGCCGCCAUUCUACACAUGGGCAACAUUUCUUUCACAGAACAGAACAAUGCAGCCACUAUAGCUGAUGCAGCAUAUCUGGAGUUCCCUGCCUACCUCCUGGGGAUAGACGCGCAGAAAUUGGGCCAGAAACUUACCAGCCGAGUGUUCGACAGCAAGUGGGGAGGGAAGUCGGAGAGGUUGGACGUCACACUCAAUCUGGAACAGGCUCAGUUUGCUCGUGAUGCCUGGUGUAAAGGACUCUAUUCUAGGAUGUUUGAUUAUAUUGUUGAGACUGUCAAUAAAGCUAUGGUUACCGAUGCCACCUUAUUCAGCAUUGGCAUCCUCGACAUUUAUGGUUUUGAAAUAUUUGGCCGCAAUGGAUUUGAGCAGUUUUGCAUCAACUAUGUGAAUGAGAAACUGCAGCAGAUUUUCAUUGAGUUGACGCUGAAGAGUGAACAAGAGGAAUACAAGGCUGAGGGUAUUCAAUGGAAGCCCAUUGAAUUCUUCAACAAUAAAGUUGUAUGUGACCUCAUUGAGAGCAAGAGACCUCCUGGAAUCAUGUGCAUAUUGGACGACACGUGUGCUACCAUGAGCGCUGUUUCCGAGGGAGCUGAUGAUGAGUUCCGUAACAAGAUGAGCUCACAGGUCGGGAGUAAUCCUCACUACCAGCCUUUCAACCACGGUUUCACCAUUAAGCAUUACGCAGGAAACGUCUCAUAUCAUGUUGAAAACUUCUGUGAGAAGAAUAGAGAUGUUCUUUUUACAGACAUUAUUGAGGUCAUGCAAGGAAGCACCAAUACAUUCAUCCGCAACCUCUUCCCCGAAGUGCUUCAGAAGGGGUCCAAGACGCGGCCCACCACAGCAGGCACGAAGAUCCGCACUCAGGCCAAUGAGCUAGUCACGACGCUGAUGAAGUGCGUCCCUCACUACAUUCGCUGCAUCAAGCCCAAUGAAACGAAGAAGCCCCACGACUGGGAUGAACAAAUGGUUAAGCAUCAGGUUGAAUAUUUGGGUUUAAAAGAGAACAUCAAAGUCAAGAGAGCAGGAUUCGCAUACCGCCGUCCCUACCAGAAAUUCCUGCACAGGUACGCCAUCCUGACCAAGGAGACGUGGCCAGUUUGGCAUGGAGAGCCCACAGAAGGCAUACAUGUCAUAAUGCGCAGCGUCAACAUGGAUCCCGCGCAGUACCAGAUCGGCCGAAGUAAAAUAUUUGUGAAGGACCCAGAGUCACUCUACAUGUUAGAAGAAUCAAGAGAGCGCAAGUUUGACCACCAUGCAAGAGUCAUCCAGAAGGCAUUCAGAAAAUACUUCAGUAAGCAGAGGUAUCUAAAGGAGAAAGUGGCAGCUAGUGAUCUUCUAGUGAACAGGAAGGAACGUCGUAGGAAUUCCCUGAACAGAAACUUCUACGGAGAUUAUAUUGGCGUUGAGUACAAACCAGGCCUAACAGCACUGAUUCCAAGGAGAGAUAAGGUGGAGUUUGCGCUGACAGUUGACAAAUUCGACCGUAGAUUUAAGAAGACCAAAAGAGAUCUCAUCUUGACCAAAUCCCACUUGUACUUGAUUGGGCGAAUGCAGGUCAAGAAAGGCCCAGAAAAAGGUCUGAUCAAAGAUGUAAUCAAGAGGAAAAUCGACUUGGAAAAUCUCUCUCAAGCUACUCUGUCCACAUACCAGGAUGACUUGGUUCUAAUCCAUGUUCGGAAUGACUAUGAGUCAUUGCUGGAAAUACGCUUCAAGACAGAAUUUCUGAUGGUUCUCAAUAACAAAUUAAAAGAAAGAUAUAACAGAGAGCUGCCUCUGAACUUCAUUAACAGCUUCGACUUCCGAGUGAAGAAAACUGGAUGGGGUGGUGGGGGGACGAGGCGAGUCAGAUUCACAGAUGGAACCACAGACGAACCCCUUUUCUCGUCUUCUGGUUCUACACUGUCUGUCAAGAUUGCACAUGGGCUAUCUUCCACUUCCAGGCCUGGUAUACAGGUGAUAACUCCGGAUAUAAGAAUUCUUGCCAAUGAGAUGAGAUCCAAGGCUAAUAAUGUCCCUGGCUCAAGAGGAAACCGGCAGCCACCCCUUAGGAAUCCCAUAAACAGGAGCCCCAGUGGAUAUCCUGCAAGGCCCUCUGGACCGGCCCCAAAACCCCCUGGCUUGACAGGAGUUUCACCAAGACCUAGAGGAGCAGUGGGACCACAAUUCCGACCCCCACUUGCUCAGCCAGUGACAAAUCCUGGAUUCCCACGUCCUCCGGUAGCAAGAAUGCCACUGAAUCCUGGAGGAGGACCUCCUGCCUUUAGAUUGCCUGGAAUGGGCAGUGCUCCAAUUCAAGCUGUGCAGCCGCCUCCGCCACCUAGUGAUCCUUGUCCAGACAAUCAGCCGAGCAUUGGGAAUGGAAGCUUACGUAGUGUGAACAGACUCCCAGUAAGUCUACCCACAAAACCACCUAUUAAUAGACCCAAGCCUACAGUACCUCAAGUCAGGGCACUCUAUGGAUAUGAUGCAAGUGAUGUAGAUGAGCUGACAUUUAGUGAAGGAGAUAUUAUGGUGUUAGUACAGGAAGACAGGUCUGGAUGGUGGACAUGCAAGUUUCGAGGUCAAGAAGGAUUUUGCCCGGCUAAUUACCUUGAGAAAAUAUAAAUUACUUGAUUGCGGUAAAUAAUAAAAGAAUAUAUAAAUAAAAAAUCUGUAUAUUUGUAUGGAUUCAUUUUAUAUCAUGGAGUCAUUCACUGGUAUAUCAGUAUUUUGCUGGAAGUGUAGAGGAGAAAUAGUUGUAUGAUGAAAAGUUUGGCUUCUAUAUUUAUACCUCAUAAUGUUAAAAUGCAUUAGAGAGAGGAAUGAUAGAUAUUAUUAAAUUAGAAGAAAAGAAGCUAGCAAUAUUAACUUGUUAGGAAAUUGUAAAGAAAAAGGUAUUUUGGUCCAAGAAGAGAAUUAAUGCCUGUGCUCAUCAUGUACUUUAUAUACUUUGUAUUUUGUAUUGUGUCUGUGCAUGUAUGUAUGUGUGCAUGUAUGUAUGUGUGCAUGUAUGUAUGUGUGCAUGUAUGUAUGUGUGCAUGUAUGUAUGUGUGCAUGUUUGUGCAUGCGUACGAGUGAAUGUAUGAUGUAGGUGAUGCAGUUAACCUUUCUGGUGGUUUGAAAAGCUAGCAAAAGUUUAUUUUUCAAGGAAUAAUAAUAUACAGUUCUGCUGAAUUCCUGGUAUAUACAUUUUCCUGUGGCAUUUCAUACUUGGAAGUGUUCAAGAUUAGUGGGAGGAUAUCAUAGACUGUAUGUUAGUAAAAUAUGGUUUAUUUUGUACAGGAUCAGGAGUUGAAUCAGAACAGUAAUUGGUUAAUUUGCUUUGAAAAGUAAGUGAACGGCUAUUAUGUAUGGUCCAAGUAAUCUUCACUAUGUAUAGCUGUAAAUAUUAUCCGUUUCAACCUAUAAGGAUAGAGAUGUAUAUUCUUUUUCAAUAUGCUCUUCAUUCUGUUUGUGUAAAUAAUAACUACAGCAUGACAAAUGGUGUUUGAACUUUUUUUUUUUUUUUUUUUUUCUUUUGCAUAAUAACUUGUAUCAGGUUUGCCUCUAUUGUUUUGUUAAAAAUGUGUGACGAUAUGAUCAAAGUAGCAUUGAUUUGAUCUUUUUGUCUAAGGUGUUUCUGAGCCACUUGAAAAUAUGUAUAAUUAUGAUUUAAGUAUCUCAGCAGAAUUGCAGUGGUAUGUAGUGUCAUUAUUGUUAAAUUCCACUUCUCAUUAACUAUAUGUCAGUGUAUGCUAAAAGAAAAUAUUGUAAAUAUGUCUGUAUAUUCAUUUUUAUAAGUAUUUAACAUAGAAAUAUACUGUAUGGGUGGUAUUCCAACCUUCAUGUAGUGAAUGGAUUGUAUAGCAAUGAAGUUGUCUUGCUACUAAUGAUUGACUUUUUACCAUUUUGUUUGCUCCUCCAUAGUGCUAAGGAAGAAAUAAAUAAUAUGCCAAAGAAAAGAUAUGAGUAACCAAUAUUUAACAAGUCAUCUUUGGAAGUGCUUAAUGAAAUGAUGGAUGGACAUUUGUAAAUUAUACCUAUCUAGUCUUCAAUAAAAUUUCAUGUUUGAAGUAAAA